CGUUUGUUUAGCUUGUAAAAGAGAAGUUGUCGAUACGACAAUCAACUAACAUUCAGAACGCCAAUCACAAUUGAAGUAUAUUUAUAAAAGCGGCGAUCUUUUUGGGAAAUUUUUCGUAAAAAUGGCAACAAAAGCAAAGAAAGACGAUAAAAAUGAGAAAGAAAUUGAGAUACUUAAGAUCAAUAAAUGGGAUGGUUCGGCGGUGAAGCAUGCACUUGAUGAUGCCGUUAAAAGCGCACUGUUGGAGAAACCAAAUUCAGUGGAAAACUUUAAUUUAAUUGACGGUCGACUGUUUAUUUGUACGCUUGCUGUUGGUGUCGCAGCCUUAGCAUUGGCAUGGGACUAUCAGUAUCCAUUCCCACAAUCAAAGCCUGUAUUGAUCGCAUGUGUCGCAUCUUAUUUUGUAUUGAUGGGUGUUUUAACGUUAUACACAAUGUUCCGCGAAAAGGGCACGUUUGCUGUGAUGUCACAAAAAGACGGUUCAAAUUCGAAAACGUGGCAAGCCAGUUCCGAGAUGAAAAAGUUCGACGACAAAUACACACUUUACUUGACUGUCAAAGAUUCGAAAGGUGUUCGAGAAGCUUCAAUCACAAAAUCAUGUGCUAAUUAUAUCGAUGUGAAUGGUGUUGUGUUUGAAAAUCUUGUCGCAAAUGAAGUUUCACGGCUGUACAACUCAUUGAAUAAUGAUAAAAAAGAAAAAUAAACUCAAUUCCACAUACAAUAUACACAACAUCAAAACAAACCACGAAGCAAAGCUCAAAGUACCACGAAAAAUCAGAGAUCAUCAAGUCAAACGCACAGAAAAACAACGCAAAGUGUUUCGCUACAUUUUUAUUCCACCAUAUCCAUCAUGUUAACUUUCAAUUGAAAAUGAUGUUGAUCUCUUUACAUUUGAUAGAAAAAAUCGAUGCCGGAAUCAAAUUCAAUUCACCGUUCUCUUUUCUUUUAUUCAUU